UACACGAAAUGGCUGUUCUUAGGAUCUUGUGCGUAUUGCUUGUGGUGUGUCUUGUAAAUGCUGCAGGGUUACUGUGGCCUUCUUCGACUGAUUCUGGGUUAGAUGGAGUAAGGAAAGCUUCAAGAUGGAACGUGCCAUGGCUGGGUAUCGGCAUGUGGUGCAACGGCUGUCCCCCGAAGAGCUGCGAGGACGAUGACGCCAUCAUACACGGGUACUGCUGCGGCUGCGCUUACCAUUUAGAUAAACUGCCAGUGUUGUGUCCAGAGUUCCUCCAGUGCCCGCUGAAUCUGCACGGGCUUUGUCACGACUACGAGUAUAUGAUGAGGUGUUGCUGCUAGCAAAUUAGUCAUCAUAGAGAUAAGACUGAUUGUAGUUUAGAAAGGUUACUAACUUAUAGAUGAAAUAGUGGACCUUCUUGCAUCCUGAGCUACCACAUAUUUUGUACAAAUAUUCUGAACUUAUUUUGAGUAAAAAGUUCCAAAAAUGUGAGUGUGUUUAGUAUAAAACGUCCCACUUUGUCGGUUACCUUUAAGGCGAGAUUUACUUGUAUCUUUAUAUGAAUAGACUGACAAAGUGGGACGUUUUCCCCUGCACACUCACAAAUAAACAAGGGCAUUCCACGCCGUUACAAGUGUUAUUUUUUCCAUAGGAGAUGACUAUCUCAUACCACCAGGCGAGUCAUUUGCUGUUUUGUCUCCUAUACCAUUAAAAAAAAAAUUAGUUCUCAGGAGGCAAGUGUACUUCGUGAAGGAAAUACUGUCAGGCUAUUUUAUUAUUCAUAUCUCUACUUUAAUCUGCGUUGCUAUACACAUCUGAGGAUUGGAGACCUGGUGACCUGACACACAGGUUCAACCUAGUUUGGGCACCAGUCUCCACCGCACAAGUUUUGCAAUUAUUGUAACCAUCCAUUAAUUGUAAGAAAAUUAUUGUACAUGUAUACUUUGUGAUGGAGUUAAUAAAUACUUUUUUCAUUUUCAUUUUCAUCUAAAUUGCUAAUAAUUCGACCAAUUCGUGAAGUCAGCUUAAAUUAACUAUGGAAUGUAGGUUGAAAUAAAACAUCUUUAUAAUAGCAUACUGUUUUAAUUUCUAAGAACCCUCAUACAGAAUUACAGUGGGUCAGCGUUUGAUUUGGUUAACUAACUGAUGUAGAAAAAUAACCACAUAAAUGAGUCAGCUAUAGAUUUUAUACAAUAAAUUACCGGCCAUCAUUUUAAACACCAGCGAUAAUACUUUAAAUAAGGACGAAAUAAUAACAUCUGGCGUUUAUAAUAGAAGACCGUUAAACUUUUAAAAUUAUCACACGAUUGCUG